CCCUAUCUACCCGACUCAUACCGACUCAAGACUUGUAACUACUUGGCCCUCGCUCCCACUAACUCUCUGCACGGUCCCCCGCCAGCAUGUCAGUCGCUAACUUCCAUGUUGACGCCAUACUAUUCGAUAUGGACGGGACACUAGUAGACUCGACAGCUGGCGUCGUCGGUGCUUGGGAGACGUUCGCGAAAUCGUACCCGGGUCUAGAUGUUACGAACAUCCUGAGCAGUUCACAUGGUGUCCGAACGGUCGAGAAUCUCGCAAAAUAUUGCAAUAUCACAGAUCCGGCCAAGCUUGAGGAUGAGGCAGUCCGCUUUGAACAUGCCAUCGUUGACUCGUCGCGUGCGAACGGGCGGAAAGGCAUCGUUGCACUUCCUGGAGUCCGGUCGAUUAUCGAUGAGCUACUCCCAGCCAAGGGUUUUCCGCGUCCACGUUGGGCUAUCUGCACGUCGGCAACGCGAUCGUAUGCUUCCGCUGCCCUUGAAAUCGCCGAAAUAGAUAUCCCGGAUGUAUUCGUAGUCGCAGAGGACGUCGACAAGGGAAAACCAAGUCCAGACCCCUAUCUGCUGGGUGCCAGCCGAUGUGGCGUCGAACCAUCCAAGUGUCUUGUCUUUGAGGAUGCACCAGCAGGGGUUCGCAGUGGCCUCGCUGCAGGAUGCAAAGUUGUUGGGCUGCUUACAACACAUUCCAGGCAGCAGAUGGAGGAAAGCCAACCCCACCUCCUCGUGUCAGACUUGUCUAGCGUGACAGUGAAGUUACACGAAGACGGUGUCGUCGUUUCAGUUCAGCUAGGAACGAAUAGUUUAGACUAGAUUCCCUCCGUUCAAUAGUUGGCAUCAGGAUCAUCGAAUGCAAUAGCAUCACAAGGGGAUGUAUAAUAGGGUAUUUUCGUAAUUCCUUAAGUCAAG